GCUAAUUCAACGUAAGGAGGGCGUAAACAACUGUGACACGGGAUAUAGGUAGCUGUCAAAUAAGCUUGCUAGCCAGUUGGUUUCUUGAAGUUGAACCAUAAGGAAGGGCUAUCCGGUUUAACAAAGUCUCUUGGGUUUUAUCACCAUAGUGCCAUGGAGUUUCCAGAUCUUGGAGAUCAUUGCUCUGAAAACUCAUGCAAGAGGCUAGAUUUCCUACCAAUGAGAUGUGACGCCUGUCAAGAUAUCUUUUGUAAAGACCACAUAACCUAUGCAAAUCACAAAUGCAUGUCAUCUUACAAAAAGGAUAUACAGGUUCCUGUGUGUCCUCUGUGCAACACCCCAAUUCCCAUCAAAAGAGGGGAAAUGCCAGACAUCAAGGUUGGGGAGCACAUCGACCGAGAUUGCCAAUCAGACCCUGCUCAGAAAAAGAGAAAGAUAUUUACAAACAAAUGCUCGAAAGGAGGCUGCAAGCAGAAGGAAAUGAUCCGAGUAACGUGUGACCAGUGCCACAUGAACUACUGUCUUAAACACAGACAUCCACUUGACCAUGACUGUAAACCAGAAGCCAAAACCGUUUCCAAAUCUGGAUUUGCUGCUUUAAUGCGGUCACAAGGAGCAUCCUCUAGCAGUGCCUCCUCUUCAGGCAGUAGAGGAAGUUCUCGGGCUGUUUCAAAUGGGAAUGUUAGAACCCAGAGUAGCGGUGCUCAAGCAGUUCAUACUCCAGCUCCAGCUAUGCGGCCCCCUUCAACACAGAAUGUAAUACCUGCUUCGGCAUCAUUUCAGGCUGGCCUGACUGAGGAGCAGGCCUUACAGAGGGCGCUGGAGAUGUCUUUGGCUGAGUCCGCUCGCAGCAGCAUCCAACAGCCAACACUCAGUUCUCAGGAGCAGGAGGAUCUGGCUCUGGCUCAGGCCCUCGCUGCCAGUGAAGAAGAAUUCAGACGCCAGCAGCAGAGACAACAGGUAUCCCGAAAACUUAGGCGUCAGUAGCAUGCAAACAGGACCACACCUAGGAAAGGGAGUCCUCCAAACAGUCCUCCUGCAGCCUGUCAUAAAGCCAGACCAAUGUCUAUGAACCCAAGCUGCUACCUCCGGUAGUCAACCAGCAGCUCUAGCUACGUCUCUGGCACUCGAACAUCCAGCACACCUGAGUCUGGGACUUCCAUAGAGAUACUAUUCAGUGUAUCACCUCUUUCGCUCUACUCAGCACAAUUAUUUUAGACAUAUUGUCCUUCUUACCGAUUUAUUUCCUAUGUACAUAUUUUCUAUGUUGAUCAUGGACAUUUAACCUCAGCAUCAAUAUUUCAUGAAUAAAUUAUUUUAAAGAUG